CGGCGGCGCAGAGGCUUCUGGGAAAUGGGAAGUCAGGAGCACCUCUGGCCACACCUCCUGCUGCCCCUCCAGGCUUCCCUCUCCAGCCCCAGGCGAGAGUCCGGCUGCCAGCCGAGGGGGAGCCUGGAGUCCCAGGGAUGGCCUUGGAGAGGGACAGACUCCGAGCCCCGGAGGUGGUGACGUUCCAGGAUGUUGCUGUGGACUUCACGCUGGAGGAGUGGCGCCUCUUGUCGCCUCCCCAGAAGGAACUGUACAAGGAGGUGAUGCUGGAGAAUGCCCAGAACUUGCUCUCUCUGGGGCUUCCAGCUCCCCCAGAAGAUGUGCUCUCUUAUUUGGAGCAGAGGGAAGCCCCAUGGAUGCUGGAGCAAGAAGGCCUGAGGAGCUUCAGCCCAGAAGGAGAGAUCAGACCGGAAAUGAAGGCAGCUCCAACAGAGAUGAGCCCUUCCGUGGAAGAAACAGACCAGCAAAGACUUAUGAGUGAUAUUCCAAAUAAUGUAGCUUGGAGAGAAUUCUGUGUUGAAUCUCAAAAUUCAUCCCAUACUGAACAUCAGAUAAUGAAUUUGGAGGAAAAGUCUGGUGAAUGGAAGCAAUGUGGAAAGACAUACAGACAGAGAAACAAACUUGCUAUUCCAAGAAUCUAUACUGGGGGGAAACCUUAUGAAUGCAGGCAAUGUGGAAAGGAAUUUAGUCAAAACUCUAAUCUUGUUCGACAUCAGACAAUUCAUACUGGGGAGAAACCUUAUGAAUGCAAACAAUGUGGAAAGACAUUCAGACAGAGAUUCAGUCUUGUUCGACAUCAGAGAAUUCACAUUGGGGAGAAACCUUAUGAAUGCAAGCAGUGUGGAAAGAGAUUCAUAGGGAGCUCCAGUCUUGCUGUACAUGAGAGAAUUCACACUGGAGAGAAACCUUAUGAGUGCAAGCAAUGUGGAAAGACAUUCACAGUGUACUUCAGUCUUGUUCUACAUCAGAGAAUGCACACUGGGGAGAAACCUUAUGAAUGCUAUCAUUGUGGAAAGACAUUCAGUCGGAGCUCCAAUCUUGCUCAGCAUAGGAGAAUCCACACUGGAGAGAAACCUUAUGAGUGCAAGCAAUGUGGAAAGACAUUCAAUCAUAGAUCCCAUCUUGCUGUACAUCAGAGAAUCUACACUGGGGACAAACCUUAUGAAUGCAAGCAAUGUGGAAAGACGUUCAGAUGGAGCUCCGAUCUUGCUCAGCAUCAGAGAAUUCACACUGGGGAGAGACCUUAUGAAUGCAUGCAGUGUGGAAAGACAUUCACAGAGAACUCCAGUCUUGCUGUACAUCAGAGAAUCCACACUGGGGAAAAACCUUAUGAAUGCAAGCAAUGUGGAAAGACAUUCAGUCAGAGACCCAAUCUUGCUGUACAUCAGAGAAUCCACACUGGGGAAAAACCUUAUGAAUGCAAUGAAUGUGGAAAGACAUUCAGUCAGAGAUCCCAUCUUGCUCGACAUCAGAGAAUCCACACUGGAGAGAAACCUUAUGAUUGCAAGCAGUGUGGAAAGACAUUCAGAUACAGUUCAGAUCUUGCUCAGCAUCAGAGAAUCCACACUGGGGAGAGACCUUAUGAUUGUAAACAAUGUGGAAAGACAUUCAGACAGAGAUCCAAUCUUGUUGUUCAUCAGAGAAUCCACUACGGGGUGAAGCUCUAUGAAUGAUGGCAAUGUGGAAAGCCAUUCACAUGAAGGUCCACUCUUGCUGUACAUCAAAGAAACCUCAGACUUUCACAUAGAGUUCUCACGUUGCUUUAAAUCAGACAGUUCCCUCUAGUAUGUCAUAAGCUCUACUCAGAUUAGGUCCAAAUAUGAAUAUGACUUAGAUCUAAAGUAUAAGCAAAUUAAAGGAACAUAUAAUAGUUUACCUUUUAGAUCAAUGUAUUAAUAAGGGAAGAAUUUAUGAUCAAAUGAGAAGUAGAUAACAUGAGUCAUGCCAUGGAUUAUUUUAUUAUCUUAAAUUCAAACUGUACAAACAAAACCAAUACAACCAAGUUUAAAAGGGGAAACAAGAAGUUAUUACUUGCUUCGAAACAAGAUUUCCAGUUGUGUGAAGGGCACCCUCUCCCAAGAUAACACAUGGAGUCUUCCCUGUAUUCCUAUGAUUCUAGUGACAUCAUCUAGUGUGGGUCAUGUUACUUGACGGGAGAGGGAGGAAAAACUGUUGAAGACAAGGAAGCAGGGGCUCUUUCUGGAGGAAUUGGCAAAGAGGAAGAUGGCGGAGGGAGCCACGUGGAUAGCACACACAUGGCCAAAAGUCUUUUCUCUUUAAUUCUCUGCCUCUACCUAUCCAAGUAAACUAAUAAAUUUUAUGAAAAAUAA